UAUAAGAAAGAUGUCUAAAGCAUAUUCUAUUGGAAAGGCAACUAGGAAGAUGGGUAAAUCAUCCAGCAUGAGCUCGCUGGGCCCAGGCCCAGCUGCUUAUGGAGAUAAUUACAAAUAAUAUUAAGGCAAAGGUAAGUUUUAUGACUCAAUUUAAAGGCUCCAACUUGGAAGUUAGGAUCAGGAGUUAGGCAAGUGAUGAACGCUGCUGGAAGAACGCCAGGCCCUGGAGCAUAUAAUUCUGGAGACCAGAAAAGCAAAGGGCCUGCUUAUGUGAUGGGGGUUCAGACAAAAUCAAAUUUGACUCAAAGAAAUCCAGGACCAGGUGCUUAUUCGACCUCAGAUUUAAUGGGAGAUAAAGGAAAGGGUCAUUCGUUCGGAGGCAAAACCCAUUUUUCUCAAACAGGAAAACAAUUCCCAGGACCAGGCUCAUACAACAUUAACUCCACAAUUCCCGUCAACAAAAGUGGGAAAAGUUUUGGAAAACAGAAAAGAGUUUAUUCAAUAGACAGGAAUAGCCCAGGACCAGCGCAAUAUCUAACCUCUACCAACUAUACAAAGACUUCUGCUCCAAAAUUUGGCUUUGGAACUGAUAAUAAAAAUACAAAUAAGAAAUAUAAAGUUACUAGCCCUGGACCAGGAGCAUAUAAUCAUAAAACUCAGGGUAGGAAUGCACCAAGAGGUCUCUUAAUCCCGAGAAGACCAGAGUCUGCUCCUUCCAAAGGAAGGGGAACUCCUGGCCCAGGCCAGUAUACAACAAAUCUCUACACCAAGAAGAAUGCUCCUAAAUAUGGAAUGGCAGGGGGUGUUGCCAGAAACUCAGCUAGGAAUCAAAGAGUUAAGAGUCCUGGCCCUAAUAAUUACAAUCCAAAUGGUGGCCAAAUCUUGCAGAAGAACCCAACUUGGAAGAUUGGAACUGAAAAAAGAAGGCCUAUAUCAGCUAGAAAUGGAACUCCAGGCCCUGGAAAUUACACAAUUACUUCAUGCAAAUCAGGACCAGCUUAUGGAAUCACAGGAAAAAGAAAACAACACAAAAGAACUAAUACUCCAGGACCAGGCCAAUACAUUCCUCAUUCAGAUUCUAUCAAAACUUCAGGCCCAAGAUGAAAAAUCGGGACUGAAAGUAGAAGAGGAGAAAUGGGCAAGAAAAAGCCUGUGCCUGGACCUGGCCAGUACGAUAAUCCUAAAACUAAAUUGAUCAAGGCAGCUCCUUCCUUUGGGUUUGGAACUGGCAACAGAGAGAACACAUACAAGAAAGGGCUUCCUGGACCUGGUCAUUAUCACAUCCCUUGCAAGGUUGCAGACGUGCCAAGAUAUCAAAACACUAAGCAGAAGGAAGAGUUUAGGUUCAUUUAGCU